AUGUCCAGUAUAGCUAACCACUUGGCCAGGAGGAAAGCUAGGGAGGAAGGUGAAGGCAACAAUGACAACGCCAUCCCCUUUAACAAGCAAGACUUCCAGACCCUGAGGAGAGAGUGUCUGGAGAGUGGGAAACUCUUCAGUGACACAUCCUUCCCUGCUGAUUGGAACUCUCUUGGGUACAAUGAGUUGGGUCGCUACUCUUCAAAAACCCGGGGCGUGGAGUGGAAAAGACCAACGGAGUUGUGCUCAAACCCUCAGUUCAUUGUUGAAGGAGCCACGAGAACUGACAUCUGCCAAGGGGCUUUGGGUGACUGUUGGUUGCUGGCAGCCCUAGCCUCUCUUACCUUGGACAAAGACAUCUUGGCUCGAGUGGUACCCCCUGGGCAGAGCUUUGAGGAGAAUUACGCUGGCAUCUUUCACUUCCAGUUUUGGCAGUAUGGACAGUGGGUGGACGUUGUGAUUGACGAUAGGCUGCCCACAAGAGAGGGGAAACUGCUGUUUGUUCACUCAGCUGAGGGCUCAGAGUUUUGGAGCGCCCUGCUGGAGAAGGCCUAUGCUAAAGUCAACAGUUCCUAUGAGGCCUUGUCUGGGGGCUCCACCACAGAAGGCUUUGAGGACUUUACUGGGGGCAUCGCUGAGACAUAUAAUCUUAGCAAAGCCCCACAGUACCUGUUCCAAAUCAUGAAGAAGGCCCUGGGCCUGGGUUCUCUUUUGGGCUGCUCCAUUGAUAUAACAAGUGCGUACGAGACGGAGGCAGUUACUUGUCAGAAGCUGGUGAAGGGGCACGCAUACUCAAUCACUGCAGCAGAAGAGGUACACCUGCAUGGGACUCCAGUUGAGCUGGUGAGGAUCAGAAACCCCUGGGGUCAGGUGGAGUGGACGGGUGCCUGGAGCGAUGAUUCCAGGGAAUGGGAUGGAGUACGGCCGGAGGAGAAAUCCAAGCUAGACCACUCUGCGGAAGAUGGAGAGUUUUGGAUGGCCUACUCCGAUUUCCUAAGGCAGUACUCCAAGCUGGAGAUCUGCAACCUAACUCCAGACACGCUGGUCAGUGAUGAAGUGGGUCGCUGGAACCACUACCAGUUUGAGGGGAUGUGGAGGGUAGGCUCUACCGCUGGAGGAUGCAGGAACAAUGCAGCCACAUUCUGCUCUAACCCCCAGUUUGCCAUUAAAUUGGAUGAUGUGGAUGAUGACCCUCUUGAUGGCAAGAAUGGCUGCACCUUCUUGGUGGGCCUCAUGCAAAAAGACGGCCGCAAAGAGAGGAGGUUCAGCCGGGACCUCAACACCAUUGGCUUUUCAAUAUACCAGGUUCCUGAUGAGUAUAAGGGCCGCACCAACAUCCACCUGGGCCCAGAUGUGCUGCUGAGACAGAAGUCUGUGGCAAUGAGCAAUACCUUCAUCAACCUGCGGGAGAUCUGUGACCGCUUCACGCUGCCCCCCGGGGAGUACGUCAUCAUCCCCUCCACGUUUGAGCCGCACAAGAAGGGCAGCUUCCUCUUGAGAGUCUUCUCCGAGAAGCAUGCUGCCACCAGUCCAAUGGAAGAGGAUAUCAGUGGGGAAGUUGAUGAGCCUGAUAUUACAGAGGGUGAUGUGGAUCCCUACUUCAAACGUCUAUUCUCGCAGAUUGCUGGAAGCGAUUCCGAAGUUUCUGCCUUUGAACUUCAAAAGAUUUUAAACAGAGUGGUGACUCAGAGAUCUCACGUCAAAACUGAUGGAUUUAGCCUCGAGACCUGUCGUCACAUCAUCAGUCUGUUGGAUAUGGAUGGCAAUGCAAAGUUGGGCCUGGUUGAGUUCCAUACUUUGUGGACUAAGAUCCAGAAGUAUUUGGAAAUCUUCAAAAGUCACGACUCUGACAACUCUGGCACGAUCAGCACCCACGAGAUGAGGGGGGCGUUGUCUGAAGCAGGAUUUCAGCUUAACAGCGAGGUGCUCCAGCUAAUUGUGUCCCGCUACGCUAACUCAGAGUACUCCAUGGAUUUUGACUGCUUCAUGGGCUGCCUGAUACGACUGGAAAUGCUAUUUAAAAUGUUCAAAACGCUUGACAAACAGGACAGUGGGAAGAUCGAAUUGGAUGCAUUGCAGUGGGUCUGCCUGGGCCUCAAUUAA